CCAUGGUGAUAAUGUUGAGAGCUGAGAUGGGUAAUGCCAGUGAGAAAAUGCAUUAUGUUGGAGGAAGCAAGACAAGUUGGGGGCCAUCAAACGUUAACCUCACAGAGUGGUCUUCUCACGAAACAUUUUACGUUGGCGAUUGGCUCUAUUUUGGAUAUGACAAGUACCAGUAUAAUGUGCUGGAGGUGAACGAGACAAGUUAUGAAAAAUGCAUCGACAAAGAUUUCAUAAAAAAUAUAACAGGUGGUGCGGGAAGAGAUGUGUUUAAUCUCACACAAACAAAAACCUACUACUUCCUAAGCGGUGGGGGCUAUUGCUUUCAAGGGUUGAAGGUUGCCGUCAACGUCCUCCGACCAAUGCCGCCUGCCCCGGCACCGACGUCUACUUCUUCUUCUUCUACUUCUACUACUGCUACUUUUUCUUCGUCGCUACUCCUCCUCCUGUUGCUGCUUUUAAUUGUAAUUUAGUACUAGUGCUUUGCUAUUCAUUUGGAACAUUUGAACAUUUGGAAGGACGUUUUGUUUUAAGUUUUAGGCAGCGAAUUUGUUUGAUUAAAUAGCACUUGCAGACUUUGUUGCAUUAAUAUGAUUCUCCUUUUUG